AUGGCAGCACUAGGCUGGGGGAUGGAACUCGAACAGAAUGCUGAAAGAAAGAAUAGAGAUAUUGGGAGGCGCGACAGUCUUAUCGUGUCCGCACACGCAGCCCCUGUGAAGGUGUUCCCCCUGAUAGGACUUACCGACUCAGUAUUGAACAGCGGGUCAAAUAUUCGCAGGGCGACGUGUUGGACGGCGGAAAGACAAGAAAGAGGUUUCAGACAGAUGGUGAAACGAAUCCAUGGCCUGUGCUUCUUGGUCCCUGGAGAGCAUCGCCAGCGUUCUCUCCCUCCACCGCUCACUCGGCCCGUUCGUACUGGCCUUGCAUCUGGUCUCCCUAUUGGCUUUCACUUGCAUGAGGAAGCCGUGGCCGUGGGGUCGAGGCGAAGCAUGGAGCAGCGCGAUAUCUUUGAUCUUGAUCCACUUGCUGAGUGGCGCGUUCUCCGUGGUCAUGGCGCCAUGUUCUUGUACGACAGCAGUGAGAUGGUCAAGGCGUGCAUAAGGGGGCGACUCGUGGAUCCUGACAACCGACUACAUAUCGCUGACUUUUUACAUCCAGACCUAGGGCAUUACGAUUGUUGGGUUAUUCUUUGGACGACUACGUGGCUAUGUUGA